AGAGCCUCGGUUCCAUCCGGAUGUUUCGUUCGAAAAUGUAAAUCAAAGAGUUUUUCUUACAAUGUAUAUUUGAUGGAGGCUAUUACAAUUAGAAGCUAUAGUGAUACAUAAAUUAAGGUAACUAUGGGGAAUGAUUCUCAACAAUGGCGUAUUGCAAUUGGUUGUUUUUCUCCUCGAGGACCUUCAGCCGAGAAGACUCGGGUCCAUUCUUCUUUAAAGAGAUCAUCCAAGAAGUCGAAUGUUUCAUCAGUGGAGAGCAACAUAAGGACCACCCCGCGCCUACGAGUGUUUCCCCUACUGUUGGUUAUUGUAACUUUGCUGCUGGUCAUAGGUGGUGUCCAUUUGAACCCCGGGCCUAAAGUCUCGAAAUUUUCAUUUGAGAAUUCAUGGAGAAGCGAGCAUUCGACCUUGGACCACCCACUUGAUUCAGUAUUGGAGAGGCACGGCUUGGCAAUCGUUGAGAAUAGUGGAGAAGGGGAUUGUCUCUUCGAAGCUCUCAGUGAUCAAUUAAAACGCCUGACAUCUGGUGAAGUUAAUGCAAAUGAUCUUCGUCAAUCUCUCCUGAAAUGCAUCCGAGUACAUACGACAUUGCCUAAUGGUGAGCAUGUUAUGACGCUAUUUGAUUCGGAGGAUAAUAAAGACUGGCAGCAAUUUUCAGCAACCCUUGAAUCAACUGAAGAUCUCCAUACUCGACAAUUGUCCUGGUAUACCGAUGAGUAUAUGGUGAGAUCGGGUGUAUGGGGGGAUAAUCUUAUGCUGUAUGCCUUUGCCAAACUGUAUAGUAUAGAUAUCGCUAUAUACUCUGCUGGAAUCGAUGAACCAUACACAAUGACAGCUAAUGAAGGACCUGGGGAUAAAGAAAGAAUGCUAGCAAGACUGGGAUAUAUCUCACGCUUGCAUUUCGUAAGCCUUGUUAACAUAACAGAUGUCAAUGAUGGUGAGAUCAGUUGGCGGGUUAUGUCUGAUAGACUCGGAGACUUGUUUCUGCAGUUACUGAAUUCAGAGGUUGUUGAAGACAGAGAAGCAACAAUAGAUCUGUUGAGCCAGAUGGUCGACAGUUUCUUUGAAGCUAAGAAUAAGAGUGUAAAAUGGCCCGAUGGUCUUUCUCAACUGGUCGACCAGCUUGUACAACGUGAACUUGAACGAGCAACCGGAGUGGUCCCUGGCUUUCUCAAGCACGCUGAUAGUGAAGAAACCCGGGCUAUUAUUAUGAAGGAAUGUGCUCCGAAGGAAUCAAGUUUACAAAAGCUGCUUCGAUGGUAUGAACAUAUGAGUGACAUCUUUGUUGACGACAAUGAAGACAGAGCACAUUCCUUCCCAGAUGGAACUCCUUUAAGAGGAGCGAAUCCUGCUCGUGAUAGCAGACAUGCUUUCGAUGAAGAUUCAACGGAACAGCAGAGUGAUGAACGUGAACUCUUACUAGAUAAUCCUAACUUUCUAGAUAACGUGUUGAGUCUGUUAAGAGAUAUAGAGAGAUUCCUGAAUUUUCCACCCCUGUCGUCCAAUGAAGAGCUAGAUGAAAGAGUACAAUUGAUAAGCAAAAUCGUAGACAACUCAAUUAAGAAUAAACAUGAUGUACCAGAUGGACUUAUCAAAAUAGUAACGGAAUUGGCAAGUCGUGAACUAAAUAUGCUGAGUGCCGGCUGUGAACAAAUGUUAAAGAAGACUGGAGCCCAAGCUAUACAGAAUUUCCUCAACAAGAAGAAAGAUGCUACAAGUGAAUCACGUGGUCAAAUGCAGUUAAAUCUUCUUCAAGGAUAUGAACGUUUGGUUAAGAGCAAUACAGAAUAUAACAAGGGACAGACGCCAACCACGUCAUCAAAUUAUGUUCUACCUGGCGGAGGGAUUUCACAAUUGAAGAAGUUGCUGGAGAUGUGUGUCCACAGCAACAAAGCAAAGAAAAGAACGUAUGAGGAGAAGAUAGACUACAUACCCGAAGGCACUGAGUUUAAAGAGAUUACCAAAGCUAUGUAUGACUUAGGAAAAGAAAUAACAAAACAGACGGAAGUAGAAAAACAAGCUACACUAAUGUGUGAUUUGGGUAAAGAAUAUGCAGAUUUGGCAAAAGAAACCCGGGAAGGUUGGCAUUUCAACUAUGCAACAGCUCUGUACAAUGCCGCUUUGCAACGAUUAAGAAAGAUUAAAGCAGGAAACGAGGUAAUCUUAGCUGAUCGUUUUGAUUAUAUACAGAAACAACUGCAACAAUUAGAAACGGGCCUCCUUGAGACAGUAUUCAAAGAGAACAAGGAACCCCUCAGAAAGAGCAGAGAAAGGUACAGAGGUGUUUUAGAAGGCAUUCGAAAAUAUUCAAAAGAGGCGAUACAGAAUAUUCACACGAAAGACAUGUUGAUAGACUCCGUGACGUUCGAGAUGAAUGAAAAAUGCCAAAGAAGAACGAUCGAAAAUAGUAAAUGUUACUAUGAUACUCUGACGAGUAAGAUCAUAGAAUUACACAAGCUCAUGAUAGAUGACUGUAUUUCAGUUCUAGGUCGUCCAAACUGUAGGUUUGCAAUAAUAGGCUUAGGAUCGUUAGCUCGGAAAGAGGUAACCGCAUGGUCUGACCUCGAAUCAGCAAUUUUGUAUGACCCAACUGGUAAAUCAAAUGAGGAAAUUGAGAAAUUAAAACGCGAUUUUAGAAUGCUUGUUCAUUAUUUACAUCUGAAGAUUAUCAAUCUCGGUGAAACGAAGAUCAAUGCCCUGGAUAUUCCCGUUCUUUGCGAUUUCAAUAGUAAACUACCAAAUGGUGUCAAGGAUAAUGAUUUUUAUGAUGAAAUAACCCCACAGGGUCUUUGUUUUGAUGGUUCCCUGCCAAAAGCUAGUAAAAUACCCUUCGGUAGGCGAUCUACAAAACACCCUACAAAACAAGACACUUUAGAGUUGAUUAUGACCCUUGAUGAAAUGUCUCAAUGUCAGAUUGGAGAAGUCUCUCUCAAGGAAGGUUAUCAUCUUAGCGAUGUACUUUUAACAUCUACUCUGAUCACUGGGGAUGAAUCAUUGUGGAACGAGUACAAUGAAAAGGUCCACGAAAUACUUUCCUCUCGUUCAACCAUUGACCCAAAACUGUCUGUGGGUAAACAAAGGGGAAUAGAAACGUUAGGGGAAGAUUUAAAGGCUAACCUCACCAAACCUCUUACGCCAAAUGUAUUCAAUAAAACGAUGCGUGCAAAACACAAUAUUUACCGAUUUGCAACCAUAUCAAUAAAUAUUCUCAAGUUAUUACAUCAUUGUCGAUCAUUUUCUCCCCUUGAUAUUCUCGAUGAGUUACAUUUAAAGCAAGUGCUCUCAGAGAGCGCUAAAACAGAUUUACAACUCAUGGUAUGCAUGGCCAUCAACAUGCGCCAUCUAGUAUAUGGUAGAUGUGGCCAACAACGAGAAAUGAUAUCUUUUAUAACCAGACCAUCUCGAGAUGAAUUAAUUACCGCCUAUGAUUAUGUAUCAGUAAGAGAUUAUGCACCCGCUAUUUUUCGAUUUUAUGCCACACUCAUUCCGUGGACAGAUUUUUUGUUGUAUAACUACUGUUUUAAUGACCUUCCAACUUGCAAGCACCCAUCUAGCUAUAUCGACUUGAAUCCUCAAACAACUGCAGCUAUACAAAAAGAGAUGUAUAUGUUUCAAGGCGUGAUUAAUUCUCUUGAAUGCCAAAAAUUCAAUGUUAUACAAAAUGAUACGGAAAAUAAAGAAAAAUGUGUCCCACAUUUGUCACGGGGGGAUUCUAAUAAAUCUACCAAUACAGAUUUACAAGAAGAAGAGACUUCUGCAAAGAAUUCAGAUACUUUUGCAAGGUUAGACGCUAUUAGUGACGCGUAUUUUGGAAAAUGUGAGUUUGAUAAAGCGAUUCAAUAUCACAAAGAGAGUCUCGCCAUGAAGAGAACAAUACACGGUAAUUAUCCUCAUCCUGACAUAGCAUCUACAUUGGGGAAUCUUGGUAACACAUAUCGCAGUAAAGGUGAGUUUAAUAAAGCGAUUCAAUAUCACAAAGAGAGUCUUGCCAUGAAGAGAACAAUACACGGUAAUCAUCCUCAUCCUGAUAUUGCAUCUACAUUAGGGAAUCUUGGUAACGCAUUUGGCAGUAAAGGUGAGUUUGAUAAAGCGAUUCAAUAUCACAAAGAGAGUCUUGCCAUGAUGAGAACAAUACACGGUUAUCAUCCGCAUCCUGUUAUAGCAUCUACAUUGGCGAGUCUUGGUAACGCAUACAAAAGUAAAGGUGAGUUUGAUAAAGCGAUUCAAUAUCACAAUGAGAGUCUUGCAAUGCAGAGAACAAUACAUGGCAAUCAUCCUCAUCCUGACCUAGCAUCUACAUUGGGGAAUCUUGGCAUCGCAUAUAACAGUAAAGGUGAGUUUGAUAAAGCAAUCAAAUGUUACAAGGAGUGUCUUGUGAUGCAGAGAACAAUACACGGUAAUCAUCCUCAUCCUGGCAUAGCAUCUUCAUUGGGGAAUCUUGGUAACACAUAUGACAGUAAAGGUGAGUUUGAUAAAGCGAUUCAAUAUCACAAGGAGAGUCUUGCCAUGGAGAGAACAAUAAAUGGUGAUCAUCCUCAUCCUGGCAUAGCAUCUUCAUUGGUGAAUCUUGGUAACACAUACGACAGUAAAGGUGAGUUUGAUAAAGCGAUUCAAUAUCACAAUGAGAGUCUUGCCAUGCAGAGAACAAUACAUGGUAAUCAUCCUCAUCCUAACAUAGCAUCUACAUUGGUGAAUCUUGGUAGCUCAUACUAUAAAAAGGGCGAUCACACUCAAAGUCUGCAAUAUUAUACACAAUCCCUCAUCAUCCUGAAACAGAUCCAUGGUGAUCAACCUCACCCGGCUAUAGCAAGUAUAUUAAGUAACAUUGGUGUUGUAUGUAGUGAUACAGGGGACAAUGAGAAAGCUUUACAGUACUUUACAGAAGGUCUCGCCAUGAAGAGACAGAUAUAUGGUAAUCAACCUCAUCCCAACAUAGCUUCUACAUUACACAACAUCGGUAUUGUAUACGAUCGAACACACAAAUAUGCUGACGCACUCAAGAAUUUUUAUGAAGCUCGUGGCAUGUUGAAAAAGAUACACGGUGAUAAUCCUCAUCCUGAUUACCAAGUUGUACUUCGUGCUAUUAACUCAACAGAACAACUGCUAACGAGAUGCAUAUUCAUUAUGUUUGCGUCCAUGCACACGUAGACAUUGAGAUCCUUCUAAAAUGGUGUUCCAGCGAAUGCAUAUUUAGACAAUAUUUAGACAUAUUUAGAUAUUUUUAAAACAAGUACCAUCAUGUACAACGCUCAAAUGUGAACAGGUGAAUAAAUUAAACCAGAGCUUAUUUGUCUAGGGUUUAUUUAUUUAUUCUCCAGCUGUGUAUUUAACAAAAUUAUAUUGAUUUUGCUCUGAUGAUGAACUGCCCAAGAAAACUUAAACAUUUUAUCUUAGUUGUUUCGAAAUUUAAGUUGUUUCAAAACUGAUCCUUGUGUUCAACAUGAUUUAUUUUUGAAAGCGAUGACCUAAAACGUUAAUUUAUUCUUUUUUCGUUCUUAUUUUUUUAGCUCAAAUUGAUCAGCAUCCAUAUUAUUUUACAAAUUGUUAUUUGUCUCGGGACUUUAUCUUCGAGAGGAGUUUAUCUUCGGGAGAACUUUAUCCUCGGGAGGACUUAAGUCCUGUUGUCGCACAAACCUUCAGGUGUAAUAAUCUUAAUAUUUCUGCUAUUCUUUAGCAUACAUAUACAGUGAAACCUGUACAUCCGAACACCUCUCUUAUAUUUAGUCUAGUGUACUGGUAUACAAACCUUCAGGUGUAAAAUAAUUUAAGCAUGUGUACUAUUCCUUAGAACAUAUAUACAGUGAAACCUGUAUAUUCGAACACCUCUCUUAUCCGAACAUCUCUCAAUGUCGCUACUUUUUCUAUGCCAUGUUUAUAAAACCUUGACAUGCAAACACCUGCUAAACUUAGCACUUUUUGCCGGUUUCAGAGGCGCUCUGAACAGACCGGUUUAACUGUACUGUUACUCACAUGUUUGUGUUAUUUUGAAUGAUAUACUUGGAAACGAUUUUGAUCAAUUAAAAUUGGGAAAAUUGGGAAACUCGUUGAAAUUUGGCUGAAGCCAAAGAGAACGUUGCUAUACUGUAUUCAAUUAUUAGAUAUUAAGCUAAAAUAUACAUUUAGUAUCUUGUUCAUCAGAUUUUGUGAUUCAUGUAUUGCAUAAUAUGGUUGUUUUAUGUAAAUAUGCUAUAUUUGUAUUAUGGACAAUUCUAUGUAAAUUACACGUUUUUAAUAUUUAACUGAACUAGCCUACAUGUAUAAGGUUAGAAAGGUCCACCGCGCUAAAGAAAUGAUGUCAAUUUUAGAUGUUAACCCUUAUGCGGGCGGGGAUGGGACAAUAAACCAAAAAUUGUGUUCUGUGUUACUUUGCUUUAACCUACUUUUGACCUCACUUGUCCUACUUUUUGAGAUUUUAGUGAUUCUCCCUCAAUAGUUUUGAAUGAGUUUUAUAACAUACUGUAACGACCCUUGGGCACGUCCGUCGGGGAGUUGUAGUGUACCGAGCCAGAUACUAGACCUAAAAUGGAGUUUGUUAAUCCAAUACCCCAUAUGGGAAUCGAACCCAGUACCUUCCACUCUCGCGUCAGACUUUUGAGAUCUUAAUAAACCUCUCUCGAUAGUUUUGAAUGAAUUUUAUAACAUGGUAACUUGUAUCUCUUCAACUUUGGAAACGCUGGGGAUAGGGUCAUUCCGACCCCCUCUCCCGUUAUUUUAUGAAAAAACACGCUGUCCGCAUUAGGGUUGAUAUUUUUCAAAAUUAUUUUUUAUGUUAUUUCAAAAUGUCGAAAGUGAGUAAGUUGAUUUGGGCAUCGAAACCUAAGAAAAUAAAUGCUCAUGUAGCGUAAAAUUCAGUUAAAUAUUUAAACCUUGAAUUGUAAAAAAAAAUUUACAACAGGGUGAGCGCAAACAAACAAUAUCCAAGUUUUAUGAUAAAUAU